AUGCUGGCUGAGAACCCGAUCGGCAGCUUCUUGCUGCUCGCACAUAUCGUUGUCAUCGGCGCCGUCGCCCUUCUCGGGGUCAUUAAGCUCUUCAACCAUGUCUACGAUGCGAAAGAGCGCGAGCUCUUUGGGGACAGCAAGGCUCGCAUGCGGCCCGACGAGGCGUUUCAUGUGGAGGCACCGCGCUGCCUCAAGGACUAG